AUGGACGAGUCUGUAUUCUAUAUAUCGGAGGGAGAUCCAGCUGACAAGCAUUCACAGGAGUCGUUUGGGCAUUCUAGCUCGGUGCAUUCGUCUCAGCAACAUGCUGGAUUUAGACAGGCCGAUUGUCCUCAAAAUGGGGCCUGUUUAAGUGGUGUAGGAACAGGAGAAAGACUUUUUGUUGCAAGCCCGAAUAAGGCUUUGAUUAAUGUUUACUCGUGGGGCAAAGAAAGUCCCGACCAAAGAAUUCCAAUUCCAGAACAAUUGAGUUGUUUGACUUUAUGCAAGCAUCCUCGCAUCAAGGUGCUGGAGGGACGCCAAUCAGAUGAACGUAACUUACCAAGUUUCAGGACUCCGUGGUUAUUAGCAGGUGGAUCCAAGACAGGGAAGAUAUAUGUGUGGGAGUUGGCAUCGGGAAAUUUAUUGUGUGUCAAAGAAGCACAUUACCAAGCGAUCACGGCUAUUAAAUUCUCUCAAUGUGGCACAUUUUUGGUAUCUGGAAGUUCGGAUGCUAGAUGUAUGGUUUGGAGAACGAGUGAUUUAAUAUCGGUAUACAACAAAGAUGAAGAGUCGAGUAUAAAUAUCAAGCCAUUUGCAUCGUUCACAGACCAUUCAUUACCAAUAACAGAUUUGGCAAUAUCAGAAGCAGGAAUUAUCAGUGAUUUAAGAUUAUACACCGUCUCUCGUGAUAGUACUUUACGAAUUUAUGAUAUUAUGACAAAGUCCCUUUUAACAACAUUUGUGUUGCCUUCUGGUAUUGAAUGUGUGACUAAAGAUCCUGCGAACAGAGCCUGUUAUGUUGGGUUAUCAAACGGUCUAAUCAGGACGGUCCCAUUAUACCAAAUUAACCCAAACACGUCAGUAUUAGAGAGUAUAGGAGGUAGGGGUAAGAUAGUCACUUUGGAUACUGAUCCUAAUUUAUUAAGUACCUUUGUCCACCAUCAACAACGUUUAAGCACCGAACCAUUGCAUAAAACAUUAAAUAAAAAGACGACCACAGAAGAAAAACCAAUCCUAGUAACGAGGUUAUCCAUCACAAUGGAUGGUUCUAAUUUGAUAUCUGGUGAUUCGGCCGGUAGAGUGUACGUUUCGGAUAUUGUUUCUAGACAAGUCGUUAAAACUUUUGCACCAUGUAAAUCUUCUAUCUCAUAUAUCCAGGUUAAUGCUUGUGCGGCCGAAAAGGUAUCCGUUUCAAACACCUCAUCUAACAACAACGAUAAAAGACAUAGAUUAAUUCCCCAAUUCAAAAGAGUUCUUGCUAAUCCUGAUCCGUUAGAACAUCAACUCUAUAUGGAAAUUCCUAAACAACAGGAAGAUGAAGAGGAUUUUGAAAGCUGGUUAGCACGUAAAUCACAAGAAGAAUUGGAAUUCAGGAAUUUGACACAUAUAAAUUCCUCAGUUACUGUAACAGGUGCUGCUCCAACUACAAACGAUUCGACGGUUAAGGAAUUAGAAGAAAAACUCGCAAAAGUAUCAAAGGCCUACACUGAUUUGAGAGGAAAACACGAAGAGUUGUAUGAAGAGCAUAAUAGAUUACUCAGUGAUUCAUAA